GCGCCGCCUAAACCCAGCAGACCAGGGUACCCAAGCCCACGCUCCAGUGAGGGGUUCUACCCCAGCCCACAGCACCUGGGGCAGCCCACCCACUACCAGAUGGCAGGAUACCCAGGCCCCCACGGCAUGCCCUCCAUGACCAGUGGGAUGUACCCUCCCCAGGCAUCCCACGAUCCCCAUGACACCUGGAACCACCACCGGCAGCAGGACCUCCCCAUGUGGUCCCCCAACAUGGAGGACAGGGGGUCUCUGGACAUGCAGGUGAUGGGUCAGGUUCUGCCCCCCCUCCUGAUGGAGGAACAGCUGAUGAUGCAACAGCAGCAGAUGGAGGAGGACCAGCGGUGGCUGGAGCAGGAGGAACGCUUCCUGAAGCCGGAUUCAAGGAAUUCCAGAGGCAGCAUUGACCGGGAUGACUGCAUCCUCCAAGGCCCACUCCAGCCUCAGGAGAUCAGCCCACCCCCCACUGCUAACCUGGACCGCUCUAAUGACAAGGUCUAUGAGAAUGUCACAGGACUGGUGAAGGCUGUCAUAGAGAUGUCCAGUAAAAUUCAGCCUGCUCCUCCCGAGGAAUACGUGCCAAUGGUCAAGGAUGUGGGUCUGGCACUAAGAACACUCCUGGCCACAGUGGAUGAAACAAUCACGUUACUUCCAGCUAGCACACACAGAGAGGUGGAGAUGGCCCAGAAGCUGUUGAACUCUGACCUGGCGGAGCUGAUCAACAAGAUGAAGCUGGCCCAGCAGUACGUCAUGACCAGCCUGCAGCAGGACUACAAGAAACAGAUGCUGACGGCCGCCCACGCCCUGGCCGUAGACGCCAAGAACCUUCUAGACGUCAUCGACCAGAGCCGGCUCAGGAUGUUGGGCCAGGCCCGGCCGCCACCUCACUAGCGCUGGGGGAGGAGGGUGUGGAUGAACUGACUCAACUCAAAGCUUCUGGCUGAAUGACUGUCUGGACAGAUGGAAGCCGUGUGGGGGCGUCCUUGGGUUUGUUCACCUGUUCUGUCAUGUCUAAUCAGUGAUUACUUCAAGGAAGGGAGGAAUGAGGAAGAUUGCACUGUGAAGGAAUUUGAACGGGGCACUGCUUCUACAGGACCGUCAUAUGGACUGGACUCCAGGGGCAUCACCAGGCAGACUAGUGACCACCUCUGACCCUCACUCCCCAACACACCACUCCUUUUUAUAGACUUGGAAUCUUUGAAGAGUUAUUUUAUUUUAUGCUGCACCGAUUGUGUCGGCUGACUAACUGUGAAUUCCUACAGUCCCAGAUUUCAUCUGAAGAAGAAUCAGGAGGCACACUUCAGAAACUGCUCCCCCCAGAGGACAUAUGGAGGAUGACGUGGACAACAGAACUGAACUGGAACCUCUAUGCUUUAGUAGACAGAACACUGAACUCCUCACACUACGUCUAACAUGUCUGUUUCAUUGUUAACACUUGUCACAAGCUCAAUAGUGAUUCAUGGAGGAUCACAAACACUGGGAUAUAUUUUGUCUUGGCUCAGUCGGCCAUCUUGUCAAAUAGGAGAAAAUAACGGAUUAAAUAAAAUGAUGACAAAAAGCCAAAGCUGUGACAGUGCUUUCCUGUGCUUAUGAAUGACAGCCAAAGCUGUGACAGUGCUUUCCUGUGUUUACGAAUGACAGCCUAAGCUGUGACAGUGCUUUCCUGUGUUUACGAAUGACAGCCUAAGCUGUGACAGUGCUUUCCUGUGUUUACGAAUGACAGACAAAGCUGUGACAGUGCUUUCCUGUGUUUACGAAUGACAG